GCACGAAACUGUUUUCGUAGAGUUUCUAUAUCGCAGGCUAUCAGUGAAUACCGGCUCUUGAACAGGACCGCCCUCAAGUCUAUCUCCUACAAACAGGCAAGUUAACUAUAAUUUCAAGUUAGUGAGUUGGUCGAUUAUUCUAUAUCAAGUCAGUUGGUGAUUUCACGUGUUAAAUAUUGACCUGUAUUACUAACUUCCGGCCAGCAGGUCACACAAUCAACUUCGUGGGAAUCCAUUGUUAUUGAGAACAAAUUCGGUCCAAGGAGGUUCGGAGAUGGGAGAAUCAUGGGACGUAAACAAUUUCAAACAAGGUCUUGGUGCCGAAAAGGGACAAAACUAUAAACCCACCUUCGGCGCCAUGAGGCAGUUAUCCACUAAUGAGAGAGGUGUUAUUGCCGAUGUGAAAGUUGUCGAUGUUGAAAAACGCCGUAGCAAAGAACAUUCCGGCAGCAAAAAUUAUGUACGUAUUAUAUGGAGUCUUACGCCUCGCAACGUAGCUUUUUGACUCCUCCUCGUAUCUUACUGUUUCACUGAUUGAAAAAUUAAUUUGAAAUGGAGAAAUUCCCUUUCGUUUACACAUCCUUUGGCAUAACUUUGCAGGAAUACGUUUUGAAAGUUAGAUGGCUGGACGAGAACCAAUAUUGCAUAUUUCGUCGUUACAGUAUGUUCUUCGAUCUACAGGUAGGUUGAGGUCGAGUUUUAAAGUUAAGCAUUACUUAUCGUCGUUGUAUCAGGUAUACUUCAUUUUUCGUAGUUAAUGAAACCUUAGUUUACGUGUAUGGAAAUGUGCAAUCAUGAUUAGCUGAUCCACUGGAGAAUUGAAAACAAUUUGCGAGCUGGCAAACGCAAAUGUGUCACUUCUAUUUUGAACUCUCUGGUAGAGGGUUUCAAACAUUUAUUUAUCUUUUAAAUGCUUCCUGUCACGGCAUGUAAUUCGUGUUAAAGUUACCAACUGUCUUUAAAGUAAUCAAUGCUACACUUUCUUACCAAAAGGUCAAGCAAACACUAAUCAAAAACUAAUCAAAACUUUACUUUUAAUAAGUUAAUGAAGGACAAUUCGUAGAUGUGUUACCAAUGGUUACAUUUGUUUGUAAACAUGUUGUUUAUUCCGGAAGAGGCCAAGAAAUAAUUAUUUUAAUGAUUACGCUUGACCCCAACUCGUGAAGCAAUCAAUUUGAACAUUCAACGUCCCCCCCUCUGACCACCCACGAGUGCCGUAAAAAAUCACCCUCGACUCAAACACGAGUCAUACACAAAGACCUGACCCAAACAAUCCAAUAAAUUAGCAUAACAAUUACCUGAAUUCCGUUAGGAAAACCGAGUUUACAAAACUAGUUCAAAUUAUGUUCAAGUUUCGUCAGUUUUCAGCGCAUUCUUCGUCAACAAAAAAGUUUGAAAUAAUAAAUUUUAAGUGGCUUAAACAUAAAGCCACUGGAGCUGAUUUCUAUUGUGUCUUCUAAUCUGUAAAGCAGACAUUUAAAAGCUUGUUAAAUGUGUAGAGAGUCACUAUCGCUGAUUUUGCACCUAUACAAAAAGACAAAUUGACCAUCAUUGGGUGGGGCAUUUGAGCACAAGUUUUGCACCAGGAGGCAGGAAUUUGAUUGAAACAAUCUACAUUGUCUGGUGGAGGGAAUGUUGAAUCUUUGAUUUGAUGGACUGAAAUCUGUUGUGCGACUGAACUCUAUUGCAAGGGAAAUUCUGAAUUAAUUCCUUGAUGAUUAUUUGCAUGCCAUGUGCAGCACUCAGAUGAAAGUUGGCUUCAAGUAGUCAAUUUUAUCCUUCCUUUCUUUCAUUAUUUGACAACAACGUUUUCUUGGAUAACCUUAUAAAAAAUACAGUUUUGUUUUAGACUUACAUGACUGUGGCUGUAGGCAAAUGGCUCUCAGAAUAUUUUUACAAAUCCAGAGUGAUUCAUCAUGCAUCAUUCUUAACUGAAAGGGAGGCAAACAGCAAUGUCAAAAGACUAGACUAUUCUGUGGAAUUAAACAUUAUGCAUAUUACCUUGAUAUGAAUUUCAAUAUUGACAGGCUGGUCUGCGACAACUUUUCCAAGAAAAACAGCAUAUCACAAUUCCGGAAUUGCCUGGUAAGAGGAUUUUAUUUUGAUUCUGGGAAGGUGGAAAUGAAUACAACUCAGCUAUUAGAAGUCUAUUUAACUCGAGUUUUAUUAACAUGCGAGGCAGCGAGGCGUGCGAGGCACCAUGCGAGGCGUGCGAGGCAUCGCAAUUUCCUUAAUUUUUACACAUGACCAUAUCGUGGGCUCAAGUGCAGAACUCAUCGAGGUUAUGUGUUUUUUAAAGUUCACCGCUGACCAGGUUAUGGAAUUUUAUUGGAUCGCGGGCUCAAGUAUUUCCCAAAUUAUUAGAACAAAGCUAAAAAUUUUUUCAUUUACACUUUUGUUAAAGUAAUAUUGGGGAAUCAUUUCUUGAUUAAUUGACAGCUGAUUAUUAGAACAAAGCUAAAAAUUUUAACAUUUACACUUUUGUUAAAGUAAUAUUGGGGAAUCAUUUCUUGAUUAAUUGAUGCUGAUGCUUGAUGCUUGAUGCUUGAUGCUUGAUGCUUGAUGCUUGAUGCUUGAUGCUUGAUGCUUGAUGAUUGAAGAAGAUUCGAAAAGAGAUUCAACCACGAUGUCCGAAGAUCUCAGAAAGACACAAGGACAAGCACCGGUCUAUAAAAAACCCUAGGAGGGGUACCAGAGUCGGGAUUCACAUUUGGGGGCUCUGACGUGAAGGCACGUGUUAUUGCACAAAUAAAUAACAAGUUUAUCAUAAUUUAUUUAUCUUAAUGUUCUCGUAGCUCAAGUGGUUAAGGCACUUGGCAGGUGAUGGGGAGGUUGUUGGUUUGAAUCCCAUCCAGACUAAUUUUUUUUUUGUGUUAAAAAAAACCAACCAACCAAACUGUUUCGGCAUUUUUUGAUAUUUUAUAUUUUUUUAAUAUUUUUAAAUAUAUUUUUUAAAAUUUUUUUUAUAUUUUUAAAUAUAUUUUUUAAAUUUUUUUUUAUUUUUUGUGUGCCUCGCAUGCCUCGCACGCCUCGCACGGUGCCUCGCACGCCUCGCUGCCUCGCACUUUGUAAGGACUGAUUUAACUCUAGAGUGUGAAUCUCAGAAUAGUUAGAAAAUUUUUAGAAUUAAUUUAUUUGAUUGGUUUAGUAAUCUGGCAUGAUUCCUUGUCUCUGAGGGUAUUGCAUCCAUUAGGAAAUUUUUGAGUAGAAUACAACUCUGAAUUUAUUUGAUCAACUUUUUGCUGUUAAUAUUAAUUUGUAUAAAAAGUAAGCUGUUUGUUUCAUUGCCCAUCUCAAUUCUCUAUUGAGACAGUCGUAUUUGAAAAAAUUAUCUCAAAAAAUGAGGGAAAAAAUUUGCUUAAAUUAUUUUCAAUGAGCUUAACUCUUAUUCUAAAAAAUUGCAUUUUAGGACUGCUUAAAUACUAUGUUGAAAAUUUAGACCUGCAAAGUUAUUUGUCUUUAGCUCUCCUUUUCGCUUUUUGCAUUUAUCUUGGACAAUGUUAUUACAGUAAAGAGUGUAUAUUUUUGAACAGUUGCUCGUUUUGCUGGGGGAAUGUUGUUUGGAGCAUUAGCGAAGAAACAGUGUAAACACAUUGAAGAAUUCUGCCAGGUAUGCUUACUUUGAGAUCUUGAACAAUUAAUGUUACCACAAGCAGAGUAGAAAGUUUGUUUCUUUUCAAAAAUAGAUUCACUUAUUAUUAUUAUUAUUAUUAUUAUUAUUAUUAUUAUUGACAUCAUAAUUACUCAUUUGAUUAUGAUUCACUAUGGCAUCAUAUCCCAACUAGUAAUUAACUCGAGCUUUUUAUUUAUGUUUGCAUUUUAUUUUUGUUUUCCACAAUCCAACAUCAAAGCUUUUAGUCAAGAUUGUGGUCUUGAAGUUCUAUAUUGGGUUGAGUUUUCCAAAUACAGAUAUAGCACGCACCAAUUUGAAUUCCUAAAUAUUUCUUUAGAUAAACAACCUCAUAUGUCAGAUGAUUGGCUGUAAACUAAGAUUGUGAAAUAUGAAUGUCAUGUGGAAAUCCAGUGCCACAUUCUAGAAAAUUCAGAGUAAUGUCCUAUAAAACUCUUAUGUUGCAAUGUUAAACUUCAAUAUAGCUUUGAGAAACUUAAUGUUACUUCCCACUUUUGUGGGCAUCUUUCAGGAGAAAAUAUGUUCGCAUGCUAGUUUCACUAAAAUCCUAGCAAACUAUAUAUCAGAAAAAAGCUUCAUAAGUGCAGUUUCUGAUAAAAAUAUGCUUUAAGCGAGUUUUUCUUCUAGGAAGUGUCAGGAGCCAGUAAGGCAUGAACUGACCUAGGGUUCUUCUAUUGAAUUUAUUGGGUAUUGGAUAUGGCAGCAUAAGCAAAAUGGCUGUUCAGUCUUAUUCACAAAGCAUCAAUCAACAGGAGUGUGUCAGGCUUUUCCAAUAUUCUGAUUGGUUGUCUAGAUAUCAGCAACUUAAGUGCCUAAAUGGAUGCCAUGAGACAAACAUUUCAAAUAUCAAAAUUUCACAACACCCUUCUGUUUGUCAUUAUUCCUGGAAUGUUUUAGCAAAAUUUAAAGGCAAUUGGUCAAAUCUAAGUACCCUAUAAAUUCGCUUAAAGCAGAUGUAUUCGUCCCAAAAUCAAAUGCAAGAUUUUAGCUCAUAAAGGGUCACAAACAACUCAUGCCAUGCCAGGAGAUUAUCUUGCCUCCUGUAACUACAAACCAAUGUGACAAUGAGACCCCCAUUACGUCAAUGAUGAUGGAUGAAGAUUUCUUGGGAAAAGUGACCCAUUGCAGACACAUUUUUUAAAUCUCUACUGCUCAGUGGAGUGUUGAGGAGGACCACGCAAUAAUGGGCAAAGUUGCCAAAGGCAAAGGAAAAACCAGUGGCAAAAAUGGAAAAACCAGGAAAUGUGUUGAGAAACAAGACAAUGAAUCGACAGACAGCUUUCAAAAUGGGGAUUGUUAAUGUUUUUUGUAUCAAGGCUAGUACUUGCAUAAAUAAAAGGAAACCUCGUUUUUAACAUUAUGUUUGACAAAUUUAGGUUUGACAGAGACUUCUUUGUUUGAAAUCUGAAUGCCCAGUGUGUGGAGCUCCACCAGUACCAGUCACUUUCACAAAGGAUUUUUUUCUUUUCUAGACAGAAUGGUACUCUUUCUCAUUUCGUUGGGCCUGUUUUUUCUUUGUUUUUUUUUUUACUGGACUUUCUUUCACUUUUGAUUUUUCCAUGAGUAAAGAUUUUCCUAUAAGCAAAGAGCUUCCACAUGUGAAUUUUGUGAAGUGCCCAAUGCAAACAAAAUAUGCAAAUAAUUUAAAAAACAAGCCCCAAGUGUGGGUUGCUUUGAAAAUUCCCUAAGGGAACUUGCCCAGGUACAAGAUUAUGACACCUUCCGGAUUUAUUAACUUUUCUUCAACAAUAUGUUGUUUUUAACAACUCAGGUACUAAAGAUUUCAGAACUUUUUAUAUGAGCACGUUAGUUUAAAUGUUUAACUUCAAUUAGGUAAAAUAAAAGAAAAAAACUAUUUUUUUGGCCUCUAAAGGUGGGAAGUAACAUUAUGUUGUUGAAGAGUGUCAUUUUCUUGAAUAUGUUAUUUGUUUCAUCCUCAGAACAUUUAACAAAUCAUUAAUUUGGUAGUUUCAUAGUCAGGGCCUUUGAUCUCUUUUAGAGGAACCUGGCAGAGCUGACAAUUAACUGUUAGGGAAACUUGAUGAAAUGCUGGGGAGUAACCAAUGAUAGACUGUCAUCCCAUCCAGGGGUGGAAAAACAUUAUUCCUAGUUCCUUAGUGCUGUAUAAAUGGGAAUAGGCUCUGGCUGAAUGAGCCACUUGGCUCAAGUAGAUACUUAAUCUUGUUUACCCUUUGCUUGGUUUAUAUUCAUAACCUGAGGCACAUAUAUUUACCAGAAUGACCCCUUGUGCUUGGUUAGUAAGAAGUUAUUAUUUCUGUGGGUUAUGAUAUUUUCUUUGAAUUUAACUGUCAUAGUUGUCUCAAGUUCCCAGUCAUCAAUGUCAUCAGAUUAACCCUUCAAUUUUGUGGUUCAUGCCAUGAAAAUCCAACCUAGCAUCAUGAUUAUAAUAUACAGUGUCUGAAAAUCUUGUGCAUCUUUUAGAGAGUGAUUCAGCUGCCACCUGUUGUGUCUCAGUCUGACACUGUCCUGCAGUUCUUCAGCCAGUGGGGAACAGAUGCAUUCGUGAGGAUUGAAUCAAAUGAAAAAUGGUAAGCCCAGCACAGCUGCUGCUACUGAUGAUGGCCAAAAAAAAAGAUAGCAUUUUUAUGUUAACAUUCUGCAAAAAAUCCCAGAGUUCAUCAUGCAAAGUUGAAAUCUAACUACGAAUUUGAAACCAAUUUAUAUCACUCUAUACAUGACUGCUAAUUCAGUAUUUUUUGACUGUUUAUUCUGUUAACUUCUAAAAGUACCAAGCUGCCAAAUUCUCAUUUUGGACGAAGUGAGGAACAGCUUGUUGAGAGAUACCAGUCAGUGGCAGAAUUUACUGGUGGAGGAAGGGGAGAGAUGAGCUUGAGAGAAAAUGAAAUGGUAACAGUCAUUGAAAAAAACAAUACAGGUUUGAAUUAUUUCUUGACCUUAUUACAAUUUGAAUUGGCAUAGAAUAGGAAACUGCAGGAGAUCAGUACAUGCAUGUUAGAAAGUGUGAUAAGGAUUUUAACAACCAUAGAAAGAGCAAGGUGGAAGGAGUCCAGAGUGAAAUGAACAAAAAGACAUGUUUUAGAAAAAGUGAGAGAAAUUUCUUAAUGCAAAAUAGUUCAUUCAAAAUGUUUCCCCACAAAUUGGAGAGGAAAGAGUUUGUAUUCAUGAUGAAAUGACAGGGCUGGGUAUCAGAGAUAUAGACAGUAAUUGUUGUUAUUGUUGCCCCUGUUGUUCCUUUUGUUAACUGGGUAAGGUUUUCUCACUUCUGGCAUUUAUAUUAGAAUUGACUUUCUAAAUUUACUUUGCUUGAUGUCCAAUUGUUUUAAUAGGUUGGUGGCUUGUUGCAAAUGCAAGAGGGGAGCAUGGUUUUGCUCCAGCAACUUUUCUUGAACCAGUAGACUCUGUGCGACGCACAGAAGAGGAGGAAUGGAGAGACGUUGAGGAGGAUGAGCGUAAGUUCUUGUGUGACCUCUGACAAUCCAUAGGGAACUUAACAUUAAAUUACUUAAUUCUUGUUCAUUUUUUCCCGACAAUUUAUUAUGUUUAAGAUUUAAAGUUUGUUUCCAAAGGUUAAUAGAGUAGCUGGCCAUAUUUUAUUGUAUUCUGGUUCUGCCUCAAGUCUGGGUUCUCUGUAUCUUAGAGCCACUUGCAUUGUUUGCUGCUCCUUCAGCCUGAUGGGAAACUUGUUUACCAUAGAAGGUUAUCAGCUUCAAAAAUUUGUGAUUUUCAAUUGCUCAUGCUUUCAACCUCCUGCUAGUUUUUAAAUUUUAGGAUACUUGAAUGGCUGACAAUGUUAUUUUAAUGUUACAAUCUGUCAAAAUGAAAAGUGUAUUUAUUUAUUUUAUUUAUUUAUUUAUUUAGGGAUUUGUACAAAGCAGUACCGCAGCAAAAACAAUAGGACAUAAGUCUCCUACUAAGUUUAAGCUCCAACCCAACCCCCUCCUAAAAUAACUUAAUAAUUCUCAGUUAAUCAAUUAAUUAAUGUAUCUCAAUUAAAUUAACAAAACCAAGCAAGGGAAUGGGUAACUCCAGUCAUAUCCUUGGAAUGUAUAGAAAUGUGCAUAUUCUAAUUUGGGAUUUUUCCCUUGCUAAAUAAUUCCCCUAGAUAAUGACUGCAAAUAUAUGAAAACCAUAUAUGUGUACUGCGGUUGAAGAAACGAAUAUAGAAGCGAUCCUUGCAGCCUCCUACUUGACUGCUGAAUACAGGUCACUUAUGUGAUGGCUCUGGUUGAAAACUUAGUCACUACAAUUUUUUUCCUCUUUCUAUUGGCCGCCAAAAUGGUUGCUGCUCAGAGCCCUGGCCAGUGAAAUCACUGUUUUGCCACAGAAUAGUUGUUACCAUUCCUACUGAAAUCUCUGUUUUGCAUGCAGGAGACUGAAAGUAUGCAUCUGAGUUCUUCUCAGAGCCUUAAAUUCUAUCAUAGUUUUACACACUUUUACACAUAUAUUCAAAAUUCAAAGGAUGUAAAUCUUUUUUGAUCCAUAAGAAUUACAAAAUGAAGAGCUAUCCCUGUCAUUUUUAUUUUUGAAUUAUUGCAUUAAGUCCCCCCCCCCCUCCUUAACUAUGCUCCUCUUGACCAAGUCCUUUUACUUUUACUGCAGGCUUUUGGGUUGCAAUUGAGUCAUACUCAGCUAAGAGUGAUGAUGAACUAACUUACAGAGCUGGAGAAGAAGUUGAAGUUCUGGCCACCAGCAACUUUGGUUGGUGGAAGAUAAAGUAUGUUAUUUGAAGAAUAGCUGAAGCAUAGCCACUUUUGCUUUGCAAACCUUUUUUUUUUGUUCGGGCAAGUUCAGUUCAAUGAAAAUGUUUUGUACCUCUGUUUAGAAUAAAAGGAAAAGUUGGUCUUACACCUGGAUCUAAUCUGGUUCAAGCCAAGCCAAGUGCAGAUCCUCUCUUAUCUGAUGACCAACAAAAGAAAAGGGUGAGUGGAAUUGUCUUAAUGUGCAACAACUGCAAUAUAAAUGAAUGCAAUUAAUGCUUCUUUUAAUGCAGUAUUUCCUUUUUUUCUCUGCAAAAGUCAUCUGACAAUUUGUAAUAUAAUAUUCUUAAAUAAUCUCAGUAAUUGAGAUAACUGACUGCACUGUCCGUUUUCUUAUCAGGGUUCUUCAUAUUCAAGCAUCAGUGGCAUAUAUGCAAGUAUAAGGUCACCUCCCCCUAGAAGGUAAAACUAAACAUGAUGUAACGGCUCAAAUGCUAAAAGGUUUUUGAAGACAAUUAUAAACAUGUAGAACUUCUAAAUUAAAAAAAAAUUAAAUCAUUGAAAAAUAAUCUGUUACCACGAUUGGCGGUAAUGUCGCCAUCUGAUUGGCCAAUCUGCCGGUUUUGAUAAAAGUGCAGACAAUGCUGCUGGCGUCAACGUGUCACGUAAUGCCUUUAUCACUGAAAGAGUCGUUGUAUUUUACAAAUUUUGACCACUAUGAUAACGAAUCUCGUCGUCGAAGAGAGUAUAGACCACGCUAAACAACUUUCAAUUUUUUUUUACCACGAUACCGACGUCAAAUAAAACGGCUAUUAUCGACAACGGCAAACUGGCCCAUCAGAUUGCGACAUUACUACCAAUUGUAUAAAAAGUCUAAUUGAAUAUUACAUUGAGUUUGAAGAGGGAAAUGCUUACCCUGAACAGAAUGUUUCUGUUGUACAAGAUUUAAGUUAACAGCUUUUUACUUUUUAUGGCAGGCAGGUCCUGUCAUAUCUGCCAGCUUUCGAACUUUCUAAUCAGCGCCGAGUGCCACUUGCCUUCGCCUGAAGUUUUUUUUCGAUCUUGUAGCUUGAAUAUUCACUUCUGUGACUUCCAAAUGGCUGAGAGAUCAAGCGAAAUGAAACUGUAGAAACAUACGUGAAUAUCUCUAACAAUCGAAGGCAUUUGAGCCCCGUAAGGUCGGAUAUGUUCGCUUCUCGUACUGUCUACCGAGAGAUUUUUGUCAAAUUUAGUAGACAUUUUACCCACUAUUUUUCUCAAUUAUUCAGCUUGUCAUUUCAAUUCCAUCUCUUCCUUUUCCCAUAGCACCAAGUGGUUUCUAAACACCCUAAACCCAUAUCCUUGUGCAACUCGCUGCGAUCCUUUUUAAGGGUUUAACCUUGCAACACGAAACUGUUCCCACGAUGGUUGUCACCAAAACAAACCUCAUAACCCGAAGUCGGUUCAUCCUCUAUCCGUUGAAAAAAAAAUUUAAAAAAAUUUAAAAAACCGCGAGAUGUGAGGCUCCUUGUGUUCUAUUGCAUAUUUUGAAGGCCCUCUGCUAUUUGAAAUUCUUUUCACAUCUCACUAAGAGAAGUUUUUUUGUGACAUGGACUGAGACCGUAAAAAGAAUACAACUACUUCUGGCGAGCCGGCUUUAACAUCAAACAAUCAACCGGAAUUUCCUCAUUUUAGCAUUAAAAUUAAACAGGACAGACUAAUCUGUAGGAAAUGCAGGAAACAUUUCCAUGCGACCUUAUUCGUUUGAAUGGAGCAUGUGAAAAAAUUGGACGUUUUAGUAAAUUGGCAGGUAUAAAUUUUAUUCCUAAAAAACUUUAGCUUGGGUGGUGUAGCUGUGACAGAGUUCAUUGAGUACUUUUGAGGAUAGGGUGAGUUUGAGACUCAGAAAUGUACAGCAUCUCUAGCUUGAUAUAUACCAUUGUGCAGAGGAGUGGCUAGGUUUUUUCAAGGGGAGGGGGGGUGAGCACCUUACCAGGAGGAGCUUAUACUGAUCCUCUACUUUGUUUAUAAACGGGUUCGUAUUCAUAUGGCUAGAGGACCGGCAUAUGGAGUGAGUAGCACUGGAAAUGCCUUACAUCUGAUAGACUCUUCCGAUUCUUUCGUUUGGCCAACAGUGCUUGCUUACUGAUAUCUUUGAUAUGACUGUUAAUCUUUUCAUAAUGUAUUCUCAGAGAUUCUAGCAAAACAAGGAAAAGAGAAGCUAACAACAAUGAAGCCUCUGAAAAAGCAAGAGUUUCACGUUCGCAGUCCACACCUCGUAGGUUCAUUUGUUUGCAGUAAAUGUUAAUACGUAAUUCUCAUACUUUAUAUUUUUGUAUUAGUGCUGUUGGCGUUGAUGGAAAAUUAAUAUAUUUCAGAGGUUAAAAAUAUUCAUGAUUAUUAACGUUUGGAACCAGCAUUAUGGUGCUGCUCCCAAAUGCCAGCUAUAAAGGACAAUGCUUCUUUAAUUAGUCAAGAGAAAGUCCUAAGUCAAGAAUUGUUUUCUCUUAAUACCUUGUAGCUACUUGAUUACACCUUUUGAGGACCUGCGCGAAUUACCUAACCUCUCUUUUGGUUUCACCCUUAUUCGAGUUCAUUUUCUCUUUGUAUUAGCCUCAAUUCACUUCGAUUCUCUAAUCCACUGAAUUUAACAAGAAGCUUUCUAAUUGAAAGGAAUGGUAGUAUUUAUUUAAUUUGUUAUCCUUUCUUUCCAGAUGCAUUAGAGUAUGCUACAGUGGAGAUAUUGUCAAGUUCCCCAUCAGCCAACAGAAAUCUUCAGUUUAGUUUUGAAGACUCCAGGUAAUAUAUAACACGCCAGUUGGUCCCCAUAGAACGGGAAUCUUUCAUCAUAUAAUUUUUUUAAACAUAUGUCGACAUGAUCGACUGUUUAUAUUCAUUUUUGUGGUUACAGGGGCGGGGUAAACUCAUUUUUGGUAAUUACUACAACUAUGUUAAGCAGUUACACUGUAUUUGUUCGGAUUUAUGCCCAAAUAGCAAAUGCACAGGCUGCAUUUACUCUGUGCUUUGCCGAACAAAAACAGAAUGGGCAAUCUGAAUAUGAAAUGACUAAGACUGAAUUGCCUCGUCAGCAACUCUGUUCUUCUGUGCCCUACUGUUUCCCGCUCUUUGAGAUUUCAAACAGUUGCAUCACCUUUUGAAAAUUUUCCUCAAAUGUGCUGAAAACUUGACUACUGACGCCGCCAUUAUGAAUAAACAGUCAGGUUACAAAGGUCUUUCGAAGCUUAAAAUAAGUGCAUUGUUGUUAUUUUGUUUUCACUAUUUAAUGGUGGAGAUGAAAACAUAAUCUCUGGAUUUCAUUUUUAAAUUAAAUUCAGAAAUCAUAUUUAACUCCUCCGGCUCGACUGAUCAUUUGCCCGGGAAACCAGGUGUGCAGCAUAACUAAACAGAGCAAGGCAGAAAAAUAUCCUGUAGGUAAAGUAAUGCGCACGUUAUCUGUUUUCCUUUCAGUGAAACUGUUCCUCAAUAUGCUUCCGUUAUUCCAAAGCAUCUAAGGUAAGAUAUAUUUGGUGACUAGAGAGGUUCUUACCGAGAUUGUUACAAAACCAUUUUUCUGUAGAGAUGUCUUGAUUGUACCAUAGUUUCGGUUGUACUAUAGUCUCAGUUGUACUAUGGCGUGUAGAUGCAGUAAAUCAAUAACACUAACUUAUUCAAUUGCAAGUAUGUGCGAUACAAAGUAGACGAAGAGCGAGAAACUUUUGAUUCAUCAAGAAAUAAUGUGGUUUUAUGGGAUUUUAAACUCGUCACGAUAUUCGUAUUUUUGGUUGAAUCACUUUCCAGUCACGACUGGUUGUCACGAUGAUAACUUCAAAGGUAAUGAGGCUCGGGUUGUGUCUAUAGGUUUUAGGCAGUUUACUUACAGCUCAAACGAUCUUUCCUCAUCAAAGUGCUCCAGCACCUUUCUUAAGGUCCCUGUGGCUCCAUAUCUUGUGUUUGUUUGCUUUUUUUUUCUUUUCUUUUUCCUUUUUUUAAAUGAAAUCCACGGAAGUGUCUACACUAAUACGCCCAAGGUUGUUUUCCAGCCUCCUUGGGACUGCUAUUAAUGCCCCCAGUACCUCUUGUUACCUCCCCAACACCUGAGUAGUUUGCGACUGCACAGGUCUUCUUUUUUUUUGCCAUUUCCGUUUGCCCCAAAUUGGCCUUCCUGGGUUGUCAUUAUUAUUGUGUUGUUAUUUUUAUUAUUAUUAGUAGUAGUAGUAUUAAUGUCAUUAUUUUUGCGAAAUUUGAAGAAAGCAAAUGAAUCAUCCAUAUCUUUUAUUGAUUAUCACUGCAAGGUUAGUCGUGCAAUGGUGUUUUUUUAGGGAGGGGACAAAAUGUGCUAUGGGCAACUUGAAAAUAUAUGAGGCUAUUGCAAAAGUGCAAACAUGAUCAGGUUCGAUACUCAGUAAACAGAAAUUUUAGAAACGAAAAUACUUAUUUGUUUUUUUAGUGAGCAGAUAACAAGUGAUAUGUCUAUGAUGAAGUUUCACUCGGUUGGGUGGUUAUGGCUGACUACUUCAUUAACCAACUGAGCUCAUCAUAUUUUGUUUAAUGUAUCCAAGUAUUUUCCAUAGUUUCUUUUUGAUUUUUCUAUUUUGUUUAUCAAUAUAGAUUUUUUUUUCUUCUAUGUCUUUAGACUGAACAGAUCCCACAGUAUGAGUGAAGAUGGGUCAGAAAUCAGAAGACCGGUAAUGAACAGUCAACUCCUUAUGAACUUGUGCCGCAAAGUUUGUUACUUUGUGUUUUCGGUUUUGAUCGUGACAUGUUAUCCCUCCAUUCACUGCAUUCCUCAACAAUAUCACAGAAAAGAAAUAUGGACAUUUUUAUUUUCCAGCAGAAGCGGAAUGGCUGCCCAAACCUCCCGUCCACUCCACCGCUGGUUUCUCUACGCAACUCUAACUCUCGCAGUGUAGACCAUGAUGACAUGAGUUAUGCGAGAGUGCAUGAGUUCAGACAACCGCCACUUACUAGUACCCCAAGGGUGCGUUUAUUGCAACCCCCGGACGAGGGACUCGUCAGAUUUGGCUCCCACAAAUACGAGAAUGUUCUUAGAGCUGAUCUUCAUGUUGGGACAGUAAGUUAUGAGCGCGACAUGUGGUCUGCGUUCUCAUAACAUUGUUGACUAAGUAACUGUGAGUUAUGGCUUGACUUAUUCCUCGAGAUAUAAACCAGUUAAACAAAUUUAUAGGCAGGUUGAACCUGAAUGGUUUAAUAAUACGUUGAAGAGCAUAGAAACCCUGUGGAAUCCUGUAGAUCUUUUGAAGUCUGAAAUUAUGUAGGUUUUUACGAUGAGCUUCCUGAUUUCACUGUCAUGUCUACUGAUCUUGACUAGGACUUAUACUGAUGUUCUUGUUUUGGCUGUCUUAGUCAAAGAUUGGUUCGGUUGAUCGGAAGUAUUAUGUACGUUGUUGAUCAUUUGUUAAAAAGUUUAGCUUAGUGUUAUAAUAACAAAAGUUUAAUCUUCUAAGGUCACUUGGUCCGCUAGCGCACUCGUGCCACUCAUGUUUGUAUGGUGCAUAUAUAAGCGUGUAUUUUAGAGUUCAUAGUCGGUCUGUUUGGGUCAGAGUAAGAGUCAGUCAGUAAUGGUUAAAGGGGAAAAAAGUGCGCGAAGUAAAGCUACUGUGAAGCAGAAUUGUAGCAGAUAACAUAGAGGACUGAAAAGGACUGGUCUUGAGUCCUUGGUGUCUUACGUUAAGCGUGUUACUCUCUGCAGCUCAUCUCCCUCUAUUCAUGCCGCAACAUUUCUUGCAAUUUUUUUCCUCUCGUUGAAUAAAUGGCUCCCUUUUUUAGUAUCCCACGUGAAAACACAGAAAAUCGUCGACGUAGGGAGUUUUCCUCAGUUUUCAAAGCUAAGGUGCAAGCAAACAUGUGACAGUUAGUGGGACAAAUAUGAAAUAAUAAAACGGUUAAACACGAGCAAUCUUCAUUUCAGACUUACUGUUGUUAAUCUUAUUUCAAUCUCAUUUUAGCCCGGGGAGCAUUAUGUGGCUAUCACAAACUACGCACCUCCACCAGAUCGCAAUGAAGAUCUGCCCCUAACAGCGACAGAAGAGGUACGCCUUCUCUGUGAGGAUGGCGCCUGGUCAUUCGUUUGUACUGUAGACGCAACCAAAAGGAGUGGAUGGGUGCCGACUUCAUUGUUGAAGAGCAAGGACGUUUCCCAUUACAACAUGACGAGGAGGUCCAAAUCUGUUGGGGACAUUUACAACGCUUAUGAAGAAGAAGAAGCGGCAGCUCGUGGAGCACCUCCGUCUCAGAUGGUGCAGAAGCCUCCUGUACCAACACCUAGGAGCGAUCUUGAGCAGAAGAAGACUUCAGUGGAUGUAACUGGUGCCCCAAGCGAAGAAGCGCCUCCACUGCCUGGUGCCCCACCAGAUUACAUCCGGAAGUCUGGUAAGACACCGACGCCCUGUUUUCUGUUUUCUUGUUUCACAGAUACCAUAUACGUAAUGCAAGGCUAGCUAAACAGACUUUUUAUCUGUCUCUCUUUCGGCGCGCUUCAUAUUAUUGAGCACAUCAACUGCGGAGAAAGUCCUACAAGAACGCGUAAGGGUGAGCUUCGCUGAAAUAGGAGUAGUUCAGCCAAGAAAGUUUACGACUGGUUGGCCGAGAUGUCGAGUCACGCUGAUCGAGACGUUCCUGUCGAAGAUGCGCGAUGUGGGUUGUAACCCUGCGAGUGACUUGCAGGGGAAGUAUUGUCCUCAUCGCUUGAUUCGCUUCAUGAUACUGAAAGCUUUGUGGCUUGUAGGCUGAAUUUAAGUUGCUGUACAGACGAGUGCACUUCAACUGACUACAAUGAAAGCGAUGGGAAUGGAAAACGGCUGAAUUUCUCAGUCAUAGAACAAUCAACAGCUUUAACGGUUGUCAAGUGACCAUCAACAGCAAAAAACUUGGCUGAACAUGCCUCUCGCAAAAUCGAUUAGGCGUUAGACCUUUAUUAAUGACGUUUGCGCAGUUUCCGUCUCUGUUGAAUAAGUGCGAUUUUUGAGCGGCUACAUGUUUUAUCAUAUUUUGCUAUUAAAGCAAUUGUUUACCGGUUUAGAGACAAAUAUAUGUGCUUUGUAUGCUAAAUUUGCCUCGUAGCACAAAUACAAAGAUUGUGUACUGUGAGGUGUUUGGGACUAAGACCGGCUCGUAUAAUCUCCAAAUAUCACGGGCCGCUCUAAUGAUAUUUUGGUAAAUUUUGAAACAUCAAAAUUCCCCCAGAGACCGUUCUAUUUCUGGUGUUAAGUAACUUUAAGUCCCCUUUUGAUUCCUUCUGAGGAAAGACUUCUUUCUUCUAGGAAAGGUAAACGAACACUACUUCGCGCGGGAAGACUUUACAACAAAAAAUUCAAACUGCAUCUCGGUGCGAAAAGGAGAAGUAGGCCAGUUAUUAGCAGUACAGUCCUUAGGUUGGUGGAAAAUGAAUGUAGAGGGUGUGGUCGGAUGGACUCCAGGCGAUUUCUGGGAACUGCUACAGGAUGAGGUACUAUAAUGUUAAUGUUAGUCCAUUCUGAAAAUAAACCACAUCUAUAAGCUGUUUUCUUGAACCAAAAUGUUAAUUUAAGACAAAGACAACCUCCAGUUUUAAAGGCUCGGUGAUCAGCUGUUGUAAUAAGUUUCUUUCGAGACGGAGAUUUUGUGAAACAUGAACUCAUAAAAAGACAGAGGUUUUCAAAAGGAGGGACCUCUUAGGUAAGAAAGCUCAAAUUUAAGGGGAAGAUGAAAAAAUAUUUCUUUUCAAAUCGCUCCCAUUGUUACUCAGUUAGAUUAAGGUAUGGACUAACGGCGGACUAACGGAAGAUGGAGGUAGGCGGGUGAGUCAUUCCCUUCUUCGCGCUCCGCUAGAAAUCUAAGUGUGAGUGAAGUGGACGAAUCUUCUUUUUUCUAUUUUGAUCUCUUUCGUUAUUGGGGCGAAAAAUGAUCACCAAGUUGAGAAACUGUAUUGUUGAGGUAUUGAAUUUUGCACAUCACUAUAAGUGCUGUGAAUCAGGACGUCAAAUUACAGAAGCUUGAUGGUGAAGUGACUGAAGGACACAAAAGCGGGGUGUCGUUACUGACUCAGUAUGUAAAGAACUCUUUUAGUAGCAGGCAGACUUCAAUUAAGACUGUUGAGCACUGCGUCACUUAAACACUGCGUCACACACACUACUCGCUAAAAAACGGAUGGAUUCUCAUUCGCCAAAAAAUGGAUGGCCAUUUCGGCAUUUCUACGAUUACUGUCAGUAAUAGAUGUUGAUAUUUUCUAUUCGUUACUUGUAGGAAGAAACUCUCAACGAAAUGCCUCCAAAGAGCAAGCAGCGGGAAAGGCACAGUUCUUUUGGUAAGUCAUGUUGUUAGAUGUCUUAGUUGGUGUAAAAUUCCGUCAGAAUAUACCAAGAACAAAAACCAAAACAAUUUCCCUUUUUGUGGAAGCAUGUGUAUCUGAUGCUUGUGUCAUUUGUGCUGUCACAGGAGACGAGUUGUGGUAUUACGGGAAAAUGUCACGUCAGAAGUGCGAGGAACUUAUGAUGAGAGUGAGAUAUAAAUAUGUUCAAUUUUUUAAUGUUAACUCAUACUGAUGCAGGAAAACCGAUCCAAGACGACAACACAGCAAAACCAAUAUAUAAUGUUUUGUGCAUUGUUUCGUUAAAAAAGAAUACGAUCGUACGGAGGGUCGAUGAAAACAUUUGUCUGAACUGACGGCUUGCAGACCUGUAGUGGACAUAGUUCUUCCAUAUUUUGUUGUCUAUUUUUUUUUUUUAAUCUAACAUUGGUUGUUAUGUCGAAUUGACAGUUGAUGUUAUGGUAAAGUGAAAGGAAGUUAUUGUGCAUAACAGAAUGACUAAAAUGAUGAAAUUUUGUAAUUUUGAUUUGUUUUCUGUCCAACAGAGUGCCAAAGAACUCGACUACUUGAUACGAGAGAGCACUCAGAAGGUAAAAAGAAUUAAAACAGACAAUAAAAAUCUACUUAUUCCCUUUCUAGCGAGCGUGAAUUCUUGCCCGUAUUGACUGUUUUUUUCGUAUUUUUAGUUUGCUUCUUUCGUGCUAUCGGUCAAGUAUGGCGGAAAGUAAGUACUAUUUCAUUUUCUCGCUUAGUUCUGCAAUUUCGUAAUUUUGCUACAAGGGCUAGCGUCGUCUAAUUUAUCGCUAGACGUAUCGGUAAUAAAUGAGAACCAGAGAAAAGCUGACGUUCGGUAAUUCAAGUCGAAUUAUAUAUUUAUAAUUAUUGUUGUUACUAUUAUUGUUAUUAUUAUCAUUGUUGUUGUUGUUAUUAUUAUCACUACCAUUGCAUUUUCGUUAAUGUUUUCUUUUUCCUGUUUCAAACUUUAGGAUUCGCCAUUUUCCCAUAGAACUGACACCAAGCGGUCGUUACGUUAUUGGCAAGCAUGCGUUCGAUGGUUUGACGGAAAUUGUAACAUUUUACAAGACCCACGCGUUGUUUUACACGCAGAACAAAGAAGCGAUCACCCUUGGGGAAUCAUUCCGAGGAAUGUAGAACUUGUGUUAGUGAUAUACUGUCCUCAUUACGACAGUGGUACGACCCUACAUGCAAGUGUCGUGAAAUUGUACAACACCCAAUAUAUUCUCGUGAAUUGAUCUUUUAAAAUCGAAGUUCUACAUCAAGAGAUAAUUGAAGCAGAGAGAGUUUUAAUCAGGAUGUUCGCUGAUAUCGAUUCCAUUUCAAUACCUUUUGGUUUCUCAAGACGAUCGUAUUGUGAAUCCUAGUCCAAGAAAUACCAUUUUUCGGCUCUAUCUAAACCCGUAGAUGA